CUCUCCAAAACAAACGACUCACACUAACAAACACAUGCCCUAUUUUUGUCUUUUCACCCAACAACCUCUUACCCCACACAAAAUUCUAUUACACACAACCCUUAUUACACAACACCUAUUUUGCAAAUUAUGAAUAGGAAAUGUACUAAAUAGCAUAUAUUGUUUCAAAAACGUACUAAACAACAAAUUUACCCAAAAGAAAAUCCCUUAAACCAGAAAUUUGAACAAGUACCUCUCCUUAUCGAAUUCUUUAUUACGCUCACCCAUGGCUACUCAAAGAUCCAUGGUCUCUGUCUCAUGUUUAUUCAAGCUUUUUCUGUUUUUGAGCGUCCAUGUCCGAGCUCAGAGAACAAUAACAACAGAGUUUACUUUCCGAGGUUUUAGCGGAAACCAAUCAGAGAUUCGGAUGGAAGGAGCCGCCAUGAUCAAACCCAACGGACUGUUGAGACUCACUGACCGAAAGUCAAACGUCACCGGUACAGCUUUCUACCACAAACCGGUGAAAUUGCUGGAGACUAGUAGAGAUUCCACUAACGUCACAAUUGGUUCCUUCAGCGCGUCUUUCGUCUUUGUCAUAAUCCCUUCAAGCUCCACCAAUAAAGGUUUUGGAUUCACAUUCACGCUGUCUCCAACGCCUUACCGUGCCAAUGCUGGAUCCGCACAGUACUUGUGAGUUCUCAACAAAGAGAACGAUAGAGAUCCUAGAGACGACAACACUGACAGGAUAGGAAACGACAUCGGUCUGAACUACAACAGUCGUACUUCGGACAUCCAAGAGCCGGUCGUGUAUUACAGCAAUGAUGAUCCUAACAAAAAAGAAGAUUUCCAGCUUGAGAGUGGCAAUCCGAUCCAAGCCCUUGUUGAGUAUGAUGGACCAACACAAAUGCUGAACGUCACCGUUUAUCCGGCGAGGUUGGGGUUUAAACCCACAAAGCCAUUGAUCUCUCGACAUGUUCCAAAACUGUUGGAGAUUGUGCAACAAGAAAUGUACGUGGGAUUCACCGCAUCGACGGGGAGAGGUCAGUCGAGUGCUCACUACGUGAUGGGUUGGAGUUUCUCAAGCGGCGGAGAUCGUCCAAAGGCAGAUGUGCUUAACCUCUCUGAGCUUCCUCCUCCGCCGCCGAAUACGGCCAAAAAAAGUGGGGUUAAUUCUCAAGUAAUAGUUCUGGUCGUGGCUUUAUCAGCCGUUAUGCUGGUCAUGCUUGUGUUACUCUUCUUCUUCUUCAUGUACAAGAAGAGAUUGGGACAAGAAGAAACGCUAGAAGACUGGGAAAUCGAUCAUCCUCGCAGGUUGAAAUACAGAGAUCUUUACGAGGCCACAGAUGGAUUCAAAGAGACAAGAAUCAUCGGAACCGGAGGGUUUGGAACCGUUUUCAAAGGAAAGCUACCAAGUUCGGAUCUCAUCGCAGUGAAGAAGAUCAUUCCUAGUAGCAUGCAAGGUGUUCGAGAAUUUGUGGCGGAGAUCGAGAGUUUGGGGAAACUAAGACAUAAGAAUCUGGUGAAUCUCCAAGGAUGGUGUAAACACAAGAACGAUCUCUUGUUGAUUUACGAUUACAUUCCCAACGGAAGCUUAGACUCGCUACUCUACACAGUACCGAGACGAAGCGGCGCCGUUUUGUCUUGGAACGUGCGUUUUGAAAUCAGCAAAGGAAUCGCGUCUGGUUUGUUGUACCUUCACGAAGAAUGGGAGAAGAUUGUGAUUCAUAGAGACGUGAAGCCUAGCAAUGUGCUAAUCGACUCCAAGAUGAACCCUAGAUUGGGAGAUUUUGGACUGGCGAGGCUUUACGAACGAGGAGCGCUAUCGCAAACAACAGCACUCGUUGGAACCAUUGGGUACUUGGCGCCAGAGCUAGCCCGCAACGGCAAACCAUCAACUGCGUCUGAUAUUUUCGCGUUUGGCGUUUUGCUGUUAGAGAUCGUCUCCGGGAGAAGACCAACGGGUUCCGGAAGCUUCUUCUUAGUCGAUUGGGUAAUGGAGCUGCACGCGAACGGUGAGAUUCUCAGCGCGAUGGAUCCGAGACUCGGAUCUGGUUACGAUGGCGGAGAAGCGAGGAUUGCUCUCGCCGUCGGAUUGCUCUGUUGCCACCAGAACCCGGAGUCUCGGCCGUCGAUGAGAAACGUACUUAGGUAUCUAAACGGAGAUGAGAAUGUUCCAGAGAUUGAAGAUGAUCGGGGAUAUUCGAAUCCUUCAAGAAACGAAUUCGGAUCGAGGUUUGAAGGAUACGAUUCGUCGAGUUCGGGCGCUUUUUCUUUCGUCAACAGAGUUUCUUCGACUUUUCGUAUCAGUGAUGGCAAUGGAUAGUUUCUUUGUUUUUUUAUAUAA